GGUUGAAUACUUGAUUAAUUAUCGUAUAAAUGUAGUCGCAGCUUGCAAAUUCGUAAUUUGUUAUUAUAAUAUUUUUCUUUAACUUUUUAACUAAAAAAAUUUACUAGGUGUUAAAUAAUUCAAAAUGAGAUUAACUGAUGCGCUCUUGUCUAAAUUACCAAGGGGUCAUAUUUUCAAAGGGAAACAUCGUCUAGUCAAACCAGUCACUGGAUUAGAUGUACAUAAAAAACUUAGAGAUCUUCAAAGAGAAGAGCAAAAUAUGUUUUACCUUAGGCACCCAUAUUUGACUAAGGAAGAAUCAUAUGGUCAUUCAAAAGAACAGGGGCGCUUUGAAAAAUGGAUGAGGAAAUGGAAAGUGUUACAAGCAGAGAAAUUUGCUAAGCACAAGCCGAUGGAAAAUCAUUUAAGUCAUCUUAGGUCAACAGAUGGUUGGGAAAGUUAUUAAGAGCUUCAAUUACAAAUAUAUAAUUAUUAGAUUGAUUAUAACAUAAUUUGCAUGUUAUUUUAGCCUCUGAAUGUAUGAAAGAAAAUAAAAUGUAAAAUAAAUUAAUGUGAUUUAAAACAUCUAAAUACAUAUGCAACAUAUUUAAA